AUUCAGUGAGAAAGCUCGAGUGAAGGAAGAAAAUACCAGCAAUGUGCGUGCGGCAACCCCAACCCUUACUAACGAAUAUACGAGAGAAGGACAUGGAAUAAAAGUGUAAUACAAUAAAUAAUAACAGAAACUGCAAUUUUUAAGGGCGGGGGAGGAACUAUCCGUCAUUCUUAAAUACAAUCAGACCUGCGAAGAAAGCUCAGACUGAGAGAGGGAGGAGUCGAGAGCCCGAAUAAUUGGAGGAAGGCAAAUAAAUCAUAAAAGUCCUUUAAGAAAGGAAUGAAAACUUUACUGUCUAAAAUGAGGAAGGGCUGGUAGGACAUUGUGGUGGCGAGCAUUUGGGACGGGCCGCUAGGAACUUGGAAUGAGUACAGAUAAUGAUCUAGGGAAGGCAAACACUAAUGAAGAAAAUAGUGUGAAAAAUACGCCUCGUCACUAAAUGUGAAGGAAAAUACUUGUAAGAGCCAGCGACUUUUCUUAGUCCCAUUUCAGGAUAUCUGCAGGCUAAGCAGAAAAGAACAGACCCUGCAAAAGCACUGUAUGAGAAGGAGCCUGCAGCCACACCAGUCCUGAAAGAGACGCUUCAGAGAAGGGAGCAAAGAUAUCGACUGAAACAAAGGAUUGUUAACUUUUUUUUUUGUUUGUUUGUUUCUGGAACUUUUGUUGGCUUUAUUCUAGCCUUUCAGAGACUGGGAAGAACAACUGGAUUACUUUUUUCUGAGUUGAUCAGAGCGACCACUUUCCCAGGUUGGAGGUACUUUUUUCUCCCAAGUAUCUCUUGGUAAAUAAGCAGGCACCAUUGGAGACAAGUUGCUGGGAGUAUUUUUAUAGGUUUGAGUAGAAAAAAAGGGGGGGGACACAUUAAACACUCCAGGAUGGCAUGCACAUCAACAUUUGGCAAAUACACUCAUGCUAUUGUGAGAGCAAUCCCCUCCUCUUUUGGUGGUGGGCCCGAAGCAACAGUGGAUGGUCAAAAGGAGGGUCCAGAUGACAUUGACUUGGCAAAGGCCCACCGCCAGUAUGGUGUUUACACUGGUAUCCUGCGACAGAAACUAGGCCUGCAGUUGAUUGAAAUUCCUGUAGAUGAAGCUUUUCCAGAAUCCGUCUUUGUUGAGGACAUUGUAGUCGUUCAGGGUGAUACAGCUCUCCUUACCCGGCCAUGGGCUCCUAACCGCAGGAAAGAGACUGCCGCUUUGAAGAAGAUCCUAGAGGAGUUGAAGCUCCGUGUGGUAGAGAUGACUGAUGAAAAUGCCACCCUGGAUGGUAGUGAUGUACUCUUCACAGGGCGAGAGUUUUUUGUGGGCAUCUCCAAAAGAACGAAUCACAGGGGAGCUGAAAUUGUUGCCGACACAUUUAAAGAUUUUGCUGUUUCUACUGUGCCAGUGUCUGGUUCCCUUCACCUAAAGAGCUUUUGUAGUAUGGGAGGUCCAGAUACUAUUGUGAUCGGGAGUGGUGAAGAUUCCCGCAAGGCUAUGAAGACUAUGGGGCAGUUAACAGACUACCACUAUGACACGUUGACUGUGCAGAAUGAUGCAGCUGCCAACUGCCUGUUUGUUCGAGUGGGGCAGAAGAACCAUCUUGUUCAUUGUACAGCAGAAGAAUAUCCCGAUAGUGUUCAGGUUUUCCAGAAGUUGAGUGAUCACACACUCCUUCAAGCAGCCUUCACAGAAGUUGCAAAGAAAGGAGGGGCCUUGACUACCUGUUCUCUACUGAUCAACAAGAAGCUUGACCUGUAGUGCCUCACCAUCUUCGUUUCCUCACAUCAGUAACAACACUCCUGACAGUUUGAUCCUCUUAUUGGGACUUAGCCAGAACACCUUUUUUGCCUAUAAUGCCGCAUUCUAUUAGCAAUCUAAUUAGUGUUCUUACCAGUGUCACACCUUUGCAGACAGAUGCUGGAAAAGAUGAUUCCCUAUCAAGAGUGCAGGCAGGUGGUAGUUUUCACUCAGGCCUCCUUAGUCCUACACCAAAAAUGUAUUUCUAGGCAUAGUUUGAGUUUUGCUUGUGAAGUUCUGUAAAAAUAAAAAUGAAAUGCAUUGCUCACUGCCUCCCAUAGACAAACCUAAAGCAGCAUUGCCAUCUUGUGGUGUGUCCUGUAAAUGACAGCUGUUUCUGGUAAAAUUUGCUGGUAUGUUAGGACCUUGCAUGGUGAGACUAAGAUGUGCAGGUUGUUUGCUGCGCAUUUGAAGGUGGUUAGUAUCAUGGGGCAUAAAUAAUCUGCAUUCAUUUUAUUGGUGGAAACUAUUCCCUUAUCAAAAUAACUGAAGUGAUAACAGAACUAUUAAAAAAUAAGGGCCGGCAUCCCUAAAAGCUGCAAGUGGCUUCACUUUAAGAAUGUAUGCAUUAGAGCUUCCCAGACCCAGUGUUGUAUGUUUAUGGCUUCUGUAUUAAAUACCUUUUAGUAUAAGCAGUAAAAUCAUUUUAAGUGGGAGAAAAGUUUUAACUAAUAAAUAGUUAAACGUUA